UGCCAACAUGGCCGCCUCCGGGAAUAAGAGGAAGUCCGGGGACAAAUACUCGGUGCUGCUCCCGACGUAUAAUGAAAGGGAGAAUUUGCCGCUUAUCGUCUGGCUGCUGGUUAGGUGCUUCCGAGACAGCGGGUAUAACUAUGAAAUUAUAGUCAUUGAUGAUGGAAGCCCAGAUGGGACAUUAGAGGUUGCUCAGCAACUACAAAAAAUCUACGGAUCUGAUAAAAUUCUGCUGCGUCCAAGAGCAAAGAAACUAGGCUUAGGUACCGCCUAUGUGCAUGGCAUGCAGCACGCCACGGGUAACUUUAUUAUUAUCAUGGAUGCAGACCUAUCGCACCAUCCAAAAUUUAUACCAGAAUUUAUAAGGAAACAGAAAGAAGGUAGCUAUGAUAUAGUGUCUGGCACUCGGUACUCUGGAAAUGGAGGCGUUUAUGGCUGGGAUUUGAAAAGAAAAUUAAUAAGCCGGGGGGCUAACUUUGUAACUCAGGUGUUGCUGAGACCAGGUGCCUCUGAUUUAACCGGAAGCUUCAGGUUGUAUAGAAAAGAUGUGCUGCAGAAGCUGGUGGAGAGGUGCGUCUCGAAGGGCUAUGUUUUCCAGAUGGAGAUGAUUGUCCGAGCUCGGCAACUGAAUUACACCAUUGGAGAGGUUCCUAUCUCUUUUGUGGAUCGAGUCUACGGAGAGUCCAAACUGGGAGGCAAUGAGAUUGUGUCCUUUUUAAAAGGAUUACUAACUUUGUUUGCAACCACAUGAUCCAACCAAGCUGGCAGCUGCUUAUAUCCUAAUCCGCUGCUCCGGGGAAGUGAAAGUAAUCUUCACCUCCCUCCCAAAAGUAAGUUACUCAUUAAAUCGCUUGAUUGGAAAACCCCUGUAUUUUAUUGGGGAAAAAUAUUUUUGAAUAGACCGGUGUUUUGUUUUGUUUUUUAUGUUGCUAUGAGCCCAAACAUUGUUGUUUUUCUUUGUUUUGUAAAAAGAAAGUAUGGAUUAAAACAAUUCUAUUUGUGAAA